CAUGACAUGAUUCGAUACAAUAGUGAAACCUAGAAACGUUUAUAGCGGCUGUGUUUAAUCAUCAGGUGCCUGUAGACUGAUAAUUAGCUCCUCAUGGGGUGGAUAAAGCGAUGACCCCACCCUGUCCUGACUGGAGGACGUAUACAGCUCAGUGUGGGCAGGAAAAGUGGACAGAAAGCAAGAGAAGUAGCAAAGGAUGGGAAGAAGGCUAUGGGGCCACUGCCAGGGCAUAUCUACAGCUGUGCUCUAUGGCUCCCUGUCUCUUUUCGUCUCCAUUCUCCACAAUAUCUUCUUGCUGUAUUAUGUGGAGACCUUUGUAUCUGUUUACAAGAUCGACAAGUUGUCGUUCUGGGUGGGAGAGACUGUUUUCCUGAUAUGGAACAGCCUGAAUGAUCCUCUGUUUGGCUGGCUGAGUGACCGCUCAUUCCUGAGCUCUUCUCAGUCUGGGUCUCAGAUCACGUCCCCAGAGGUGGUUGUGAAACGGCUGCAGGCACUCUCCAGGAGCGGGCCUCUCUUUGCCCUCUCAUUCUUGGCCUUCUGGGUGGCCUGGACCUGGCCUGGGCUGCAGUUCCUCCUCUGCUUGUGCCUAUACGAUGGCUUCCUCACAGUGGUUGACCUCAACCACAACGCCCUCCUGGCCGACCUGGCCGUGUCGGCACACGAUCGAACACGCCUCAAUUUCCACAGUUCCCUGUUCAGUGCGCUGGGCUCGCUGUCCGUAUUCCUCUCUUACUCCUUCUGGAACAAGGAAGACUUUUACUACUUCAGGCUCUUCUGCGUGACACUAGCAUCUCUUUCAAUGCUGGGGUUUGCCAUAAUUUCACGCCUUCUGCGCCACCGAUUUCAGAAUGAAGUUCAAACACACAAGAACGAGGGCCAGGCACUGACCGAACUGAGUGUUGGUCAGGCUCCUUUUACAUCCCCUGAGAAACCUGUGACUCUUGGGGAAUAUCUCAAGCAGCUGUCACGCCACAAAAACUUUAUGUGGUUUGUCUCAAUGAACCUUAUACAGGUAUUCCACUGUCAUUUCAACAGCAAUUUCUUUCCACUGUUUUUGGAACACCUCCUUUCAGACCGUAUUUCUGCCUCCACUGGAUCCUUCCUGCUGGGCUUCUCUUACAUCGCCCCUCAUCUGAACAAUCUCUACUUCUUGACGCUGUGCCAAAGACUGGGUGUCUACCAGGUUAUACGCUGGCUCUUCCUCCUGAAGCUUGGCCUCAGCAUUGCCAUGCUACUAGCUGGGGCUGACCAGGUGUACCUGCUUUGCAUCUUUAUUGCUAGUAAUCGCGUGUUCACCGAGGGCACUUGUAAACUUCUGAACCUGGUGAUUACUGACCUGGUAGAUGAGGACUUUGUGUUGAACCGCCGACAACAAGCAGCUUCUGCUCUGCUCUUUGGCAUGGUUGCCUUGGUAACAAAGCCUGGUCAGACCUUUGCCCCUCUCAUUGGUACCUGGCUGCUAUGUGUCUACACAGGAUAUGACAUCUUUGAAAGGAACUCAAUGGCCACAGAACCAAUUUCAGCCCCUGCAGUCCCCAUGCCAUUGCGUCAGGGUUGCUUUUACCUCUUGGUGUUUGUGCCCAUCUCCUGCGCCCUUCUGCAGCUGCUGGCGUGGUCUCGCUUCAGUCUGCAUGGGCGUAGGCUACAAGGCAUCAAGGCCCUCAGGCAGGGUGCCCAACAUUGCAACCUCAUUGAUGUCAAGGCUAUGUAAUACUCUCCAUGAGGGCAGGAAAAGAGGAGGGAGGGAUGAAGCCUGGACAUUUCUCAAAACUAGGCAUUCACCAACAGACUGAACCAGAAUGGAGAAUGGUGACACCAAAUACUGCAAGAGACGCUUAAGAGAGAAUGUGUGGUCCCACAUCUUAUGGAAACCUGCCUUACUUUGCUAUUUUUGCUAACCAGUGUGUAUUUAUGUAGAUUAUGUACUUGGGACCAUAUAUGAAUGCACAGUUAAAACAAUCAAGUAGUUUGGGACCAUGUUGACCAGUACUGCCCCAAAACUUCCUGGUCUGUUUCAACAUAUAGUUAGAUGGGUUGAUAAUCUAAUCCAAGACCAAUCUAAUCAAAUAUCCCUAAAUGAAAGGCUACUUGCUUUUCUGUCCUUUAUUUUGUUUUAACUUUAUGGAAAAAGGCACACUGUGUUCUCAGAAAUGGCAUUUUUACAGUAAGCGUUUAGCAGCAUUGCAGAGAUACACAAUGUGGUAUUGCAUGGACCUCUGUGAUGUUUUCUUUUACAUUAUCGAGACUUACACAUUGUUGUUGUUUUUUUAUUUAUUUAUUUUUGGCCAAAUUGUAGUAUGUUUUGUGGCCAGUAUUAUCUGUUUUAUGACUUUCUUUUAUGCAAUGUGUUUUGCUACUCAUUGCUAUCAAUAAUUAUUAUUUUUUGUCUGACAAUGUGCAUAUUAGGCUACCAUUCAUACGUCAUGAACACAAGUGCAGACUGUGUAGCAUGUAUAACUACUGUAACUUAUUUUUGUACCAAAUGUUCAAUUACACUUUUUUUGUGUUUUAGAGGCAAAGUGGUCAAUUCGACUGAUGCGAUUUAAGAGAGUUUCAAUGCAAAAUGACUUCUCAAAAUUACUGAAAUAUUUUUAUACUUGAGUUUUCCAAAUGUAUUUACAUUUUUAUUGCCAAAUUUAUUUCCUAGACUUUUAGAAUAGAUACCAUAGAUAGACUACACAGACACACACACAUCCAUAAAUUUGUAUUGAAGAUACCAUUUUCCAUUUGUAUAAUCAUGGAAAAAAAUACUGCAGCAACAAGACACAUUUUAGCAUUUUAUAUUUUCGUAUUUUGGUUGGUGCACAAUGGGCAGAUAUACUCUUUGUCUUAUUUCUCUGUAUUUUAUGGUUAUUUGUUCUGAGCAAAAGUUAAAUUAGCUUUAAAAGCAUUAAACUUUCCUGUGUUUGUGAAUUAUGUCUUGGGAUAUGCAAGUUCUUUUAGUGCUUUUGCCCUUGUUCAAAAUGUUUUGCUAGUAAAUAAAUGUCAUUGU